CUGUUAAAGGAGUCCUCUUAACUGCCGUGGGACAUGAUGCAAAUAACCAAAUCUAUCCAGUUGCAUGGGCUGUGGUACAGUCAGAAAAUUCGGAUAAUUGGUUGUGGUUUGUCACACAAAUUAAGAAAGACUUAGGUUUAGAUGAUGGUAGUCGAUUUGUCAUAAUAUCAGAUCGAUCAAAGGUUAUUUAUGCUCUUAUGUUCUGUUAUUCUUUUUGUUCAGUAUUUUUUUUUACUUUCUACUCAAUUAAAUAACAGUUUCCCUUCAUAUUUUGUAGGGUCUCCUUAGUGCAGUGAAAACUGAAUUGCCAAAUGCUGAACACAGAAUGUGUGUUAAGCAUAUCGUAGAGAACUUGAAGAAGAACCAUGCCAAAAAAGACGAGCUAAAGACAUUAGUGUGGAAGCUAGCUUGGAGCUAUAAUUCAAAGGAGUUCAAGAUCAAUCUUGACAAUUUGAGAAGGUAUGAUUUGGCAUUGUACAAUGAUGUGAUGAAAGAGCAACCACAAACUUGGUCAAGGGCUUUUUACAGACUUGGUAGUUGUUGUGAGGAUGUUGAUAACAAUGCUACUGAGUCAUUUAACUCUACCAUCACCAAAGCUAGAGCAAAGUCAUUGGUUCCAAUGUUGGAAACCAUAAGAAGGCAAGGCAUGGAACGCAUAACUAAGAGGAAUAAGAAAGCAAAUAAGCAUCAAGGGAGAUUUUCAGAGUAUGUAGUUGAUAUUUUGGCAUUAGAGAAGCCAGUUGCUGAACGGUGUAAAACAUGGCGUUGCACCCAUGGGAUAUUUGAGGUGUUUAUAGAUGGAAAUUCUCAUAAAGUGGAUAUGCAGAAUAAAACAUGUUCAUGCGGCAAGUGGCAAAUAACUGGGAUUCCUUGUGAGCAUGCAUAUGGUGCGAUGAUUGAUGCUGGUUUAGAUCCCGAAAAUUAUGUCUCUUUGUUCUUCUCGACUGAUCUCUGGAGAGAUACUUAUGAGAGAGCCACCAAUCCAUUAAGAGGUCCAAAAUACUGGAUGAAUUCAAGUUACAGGUUAGUAGUUGCACCUCCAGAACCUGAACUUCCUGGAAGAAAGAAAAAGACAAAGAAAAAGAGUUUUCAAAGGAUAAAAGGAAAAAAUGAGUCGCCAAAGAAGAAGAAAAAGAAGAAAGAAGUGGAAAAACUUGGGAGAGAAGGGCGCAUCAUCCACUGUAAAAGCUGCGGUGAAGCUGGACACAAUGCAGCUGGUUGUAAGAAGUUUCCAAAGGAGAAGGUGAAGAGGAAAAGGAAGGCAAAGAAAAUUCCAUAUGAUGAGUUUCCAAACAAGAAGGCUAAAUUGGACAAGACGGAAAAGAAGGCUAAGAUGGACAAGACGGAAAAGAAGGCAAAGAAAGCUAAGAAGGAUAAGAAAGCACAUGGAUUUCAUGAGGUUGGUGCUUCGUCUAGUCAAGUUCCUGAAACAAUCUCACUCACACAGCCAACACAAAUGACGAAAGGAACACAAACAAGCAAUGAUGCUGUGGUUUAGGAGUCAACUUAUGCAUUAUUUUUUUUAUUUUUUUGCAUGUUCUCUAUACUCGUGACAUGUAAAACGUUUCAUAACGAAUGUUUUCUUUUCAUGAAUAAGUUAAUUUUAUUUAAUUGUUGUUAUUUGGAAAACCUCUUUAUCAAUAAAAAUAUC